AACACCGCCAUCUUGUGGUUGCACCAGUGUAGUGCAGUUUAAGCGAAACAAUGGCAGCGCAGCACGGAAGGAAAUUAACACGGUCCUUUUAAACUGGACAAGUUAAACAAGCGGCAAAAGGGAACUGAAUAUCCGACGGAGGGCCAGGUAACACAACAUGACCGACUCUGGAGAUGCAGCAUGUGUUCCCGGCAGCGGCACCGGGCUGAGUUUCACAGCGGGCCGAGGACUCCCAGGCCGGGUCAGGAGUCUCUCCUCUCCCGCUCAACCUGGAAGACUGACGUCGCUCAGAACCAGGGACCUAACACUAGGGGGAGUCUUCAAAAAAACGAAGAAAACCUUUGAGCCAAACGUCCACGCUGUGAGGAAAAGCAAAGAUGAGUUAAAGGAGGAGAUCCACUCGGCUCCAAAAAAGGAGAGAAGACAGAGGGAGGAGAGGAGGAGAGAGAACAGAGGGAGGAGGAGAGAGAGGCCUCAGACGAUCCAGUCUCACUCCAUCUUUGAGCAGGGCCCUGCCGACACCGUACGCAAAACAGGUGCACAGCUUCUGCUGCUUCUUUCUUUUCCUUUUCUAAUAUCCUUUGAGCAUGCACACCAGAGGUCCGUCACAGAAGCAUUACAGGUGCACUUCCUCCCGUGUCUCUGUUCAGGCUGGCGUGGUGCUACAGACCUGCAGGACUCCACCACCUCCCCCGUGUGCAAACUUGUGAAGAAAGAGAGGAAGGACUCGGAGGAGGAGGAUGAUGAGAUACUCAAUAAACUACAGAGGGAUGAUUUCAUAGAUGACCCGGGUCUGAGGAACGAUGUCAGGCUGAAGCCCAUCCAGCUGCCUCUGUGUCACACACUGACCGCCAGCACAGCAUGUCCAGAGAACCCCCCUCCGUUCAGACCCUCGGGCCACAGCAGAACAGAGCGGCCCAAACCAGAGCAGCCGUCCGUGGUAGAGCUGCUGCAGGACCUCAGCCUGUCUGGCAGAGAGGAGCUCUUCUUCAUGCAGCUACCUGACAGUAUGCCGGGCAGAGAGUCUGCGCAGAAGGUCGACCCCUCUUUGGGAUCUUCAGCGGAGAAAGCUGCCAGUAAGGAAGGCAAGCCUGAAGACAAGAGGCCUGCACAUCUACAAGCACACGAGGCUGCGGCGAAGGAGGGCUGUCCUGUGCUCUCACAACUCCCAGAGGGGUUUCUGGGUAAACUGCAGAUCAGGAAGUCAGGAAAGGUGGAGCUGAAGCUGGGUCACAUCGUCAUGGACGUCUCUGAAGGAGCGGCAUUCUCCUUCCUGCAGCAACUGGUGUCGGUGCGUCUGUCUGACGGUCGGACCGGAGACAUGAUGGUGUUGGGAAACGUCCACCACAAGCUGGUCUUGUCUCCUGACUUCCAGGCUCUACUGAGACAAGCUGCAGCGCAGCAGCAAGGACCCUGAUCCCCUCUCACCCCGCAGAGCUCAAAGACUCUUUGUAGGAUUCCUGAUCUGAUGUUUUGUUACCACGCCAACAGAUCACUGUGGAGGAAAGGACCGAUGGUCCUCUUUAAGGCAGCUAUGUACGUUACCCUCAGUAACCUGUUUUAUCGUGUUUAUGCUUUGAUUUCUCUGAUGACCGAACACCAGCGAGAGACCCCCCAGCUCCACACCAGUGAGUGGACGUCCUGGGACAGAUCAAGGAGGACGAUCACAUCGACAGCCGACGCCCUCUUUGAACAGAGACAAAGGCCGAAAUUCCAGACUUCCGUACAACAAAACCACUGAGGAGUGCAUUUGUGACUUACAGAGGCUUUGAUAACUCAACUGUCGUACGUGUUAGUGUAUCAGUCUGACAGCGAGCUAGCUGUGCUCCUCUAUUAAUUCCCAGAGACCCGCCUCUCAGCAUGUGUGUCAUGUUAUUUGUUCAAUAGACCAAAAUGGUGCAAAGUAAAUGUACAGUCGUGGACUGAUCAACCCGUAGCUGCACUGAUGGCACCAUCCUGAUGUUGGCUCUACCAGGUACCAGGGUUUGGUCACCACGUGGUAGAACAGCGUUCUAUUUCGGUCACGGAGGAACCGUCAGAACACAAAGCAAAGCUCUGAUUAAAAAACGACUGUGUAAUGAAGAGUGCUGUUGCUAUUCUAAGCUGGAUUUUAUAUUAUGUUUCUGUUGUCCCUUGUCUGUUUUUAACAUGCUUUAUUUUAUAUUUUUGUAACCUUGUAACGGUGUUCUAUCUUGGCCAGUUCUCCCUCAAAGAGGUUGUAAUCUCAAAGAGUGUCUGGUUUAAUACAAAUUAAAAACAACAACUGAUGUACUGCUGGGAUUUGUAACCCUUUUGCAUUUAGCCAACUUAGAUAUGGCAUCUUCAGUAUUACUAUUAGAUGUUUGUCAGCCUGCAUUUUGUUACCUCAACAUCAUUUCAUUUCUCACUUCACCUUGUGAGCUUCUAAACGGUAGAUGGACUGUACUUGUAUAUCUCUUUUCUAGUCUUCUGACCACUCAAAGUGCUGUAACGCUACAUGUCGUCAUUCACCCAUUCACACUGAUGACAGGCGCUACCAUGCAAGGUGCCACCUGCCCAUCAGGACUCUCUGAUCCCUCAUACCCAUUCAUGGACCACAGGAACAGCCUGCGGGAGUAAUUUGGGGUUAAGUGUCCUGCCAGGGACACAUCGACAUGGACUAGUGGAGCUGGGAUUUGAACCGUCGAUCCUGUGAUUGAAGGACGACCCUGAACAGCAGCUGUAUUUCCAGAUGUUGUUGACCUCCAGUGGCUGAAGUUGGCACAGUAAAACAUUGAUAGAUAAGUCUUUAUAUUAACUACAUAUCUGAUUCCAAACUUCCAUCUAUUGCUGAAAUCUUUUCAUUAUAGUUUCUGGAAGUCCUUUCAGGUCAUCCAUUUUUUUUUUUAAACGUCGGUCCAGCUUUGCCGUGGAAGUACAUAAGAACCAUCUCAGUGACCUCUCAAUGGAAUCAGAUGCAAGACUGUUGAUUUGCUGGACUGCUGGUACAGUCGGUCAUGUCUGUUCAUGGCUCCAGAUCCGAUCUCCAUGCUAGAGGGGACCGUGUCUCUGGAAUCACCUACUCGCCAUCCUCUCACCCUCAACCACCUCUAGAACUCAUUUCUAUUUCAUUUGUGUGUCUUCUAUACUGAUAUCUCAUUAUGUUUAUAUGCUGUACAUUGUAAUCUUACAUCUGUUUUACUGUAUCUUAUGUGUACAGCACUUUCAAGCAUUGUUCUUUAAAGACGUAUUCUUACCAGACAGUAAAGGUACUACAGGUGUGCUCAGUGCAUGCUGUUGUCACUGACUGUUAAUAAUGCUGCAACAGAAACUUUCUCCCAGAAGAGGUGAGUGAAGCAAGACUUUCUUUUACUCUUGUGGUAUGAUAUAAAUGAAUGACGGGAUUACCAAAGAGAACAAAAAUUGUAACAUUUUACUGAAGUCCCAGUAUUUAGCAUUAAUAAGCAGUAAACUAACUUUUACUAAAAGCUUUAUAACUUACUAUAAUGUAGCAUAAGCAGAUUUAAUGAGUCCUAGUGUCUCAAUGUACAGUAUUUGUCAACAACUAUAACUUCUGUAAAAACAUUUUUCUAUAUUGUCAAUCAUGUACACAAACACAUUAACACUGUUUUUGCUUACGACUACAUUAGUGCGUUAUAAAUCAGUUGUUACAUGUUUAUGCACUGCUUAUAAAUGAUAAAAAGGGGAGUUAGUAAAUGACUUCUAAGUCUUUAUUCUUUAGUAUCUGAAGUGGUGCAGAUAAUCAUUCAAAAUUAGCGUUUAUUGAACUUCAGCAGAAUCAUAGCAGUAAAAAGUGGGACAUGGAGCCUCUAGAGAAUGUGCCGUCUGUGCGUUCUUCUUAAACUUGUGGCUUUUGUGUGUAUUUUUAAGUCAUCAUAAAAGGUCCUUUUGUAGAAAGGUGUAUGUACAUCUUUAUUCAGUAAAUACACAGUACAAA